CUUUUAUGAAUAUGUAUAUUUAUAACUUCCUUCUAAUUUCAUUAUGAAUCAUAAAUGUAUAUAUAUUAUUCAAGUAUUUUCGUAUUAUUGUUUAGUACUAUAAUAGCAAUAGCAGAGGCGUCUCCUAUUACAAUUACUCAAGAUACUAAUUCUCUAACUAACAAAGUUAUUGGUUCCGGAGGCAGCGCAAAUACAUACACUAAAUCCACAGAGGAAGUUAUUACAACCGAUGGUCAAAUAAUAAAGACUAGCUUCUCAAGAAAUCAUAAAGUAAUUACAGAUAAAGAGUUUAAGAAAAAUGAGAUUUUCGAAGAAUUUAUAUUUGAUGAUUAAAAAAAAA